AGGUGGUCCAGCCUACUGGUGGCAAAAAAUGGCGAAGUAAGGAUUUGGGGGUGCUGUUGAUAUACUUUCCUGCAUCGAAAAGGGGGAUUCGUCGAUUAUAUAUUAGCAGCUGUGAGAGGAUUUCCUCUCCACUUUGGCCUCCUCUGGACACUGUUUGAUGAUGGAGUCUUCAGAGGGAGGUGCUGGUGAUGCCGCGACGGCCAUGAACGCCCAGAGUCUGUACGCCGCUCUGGGUCUCUCUCCGGAGGACGUGGAGGCGCUGGCCAAGAUCCCCGAGAAUGAAAUCAGUGUAGAGACUUUGCCAUAUCUCAUCAUGCAGCUCAAAGCCAAACGGGCCGAAAAGCAACCCUCCUCCACCGCCCCAGACGCUGCCGCUGCCGCCACCACCACCACCGCCACCACCGAUGCGGACUGCACAGACAAAGCACAGACUGCACCCAAGCAACCGGAGGAGGAGCCUAGACGGGCCAAUCAGGAGCCUCCUGAGAAAAGCAAAGAGAAACGGGGAAGCCCGCCCUCCUCCAGUUUGUCGCGGCGCUCCGAAGGCCAUGCCUCCAACCACGACCACGAGCAUCACGGGAAGGGCGACAAUUAUCGGAGGACAGAGCGGUCGGGUCCAGCAGGAAGGAGGGACUCCAGGCAUAGGAAGUCAUCGAGAGAGCGUCAGACGGGGGACAGUUUGGAAAUGGAGCUCGACGACGACCCCGCCGUCUUUCCCCACGCAUGGAGUGGUCAUCUUCGGGGUGUCCGGCACAUGGACGCACGAAGAGAAUUCAUGCGUUUCUCCAGCCCAUAUUCAGAAGAUGACUCCUACUCUUCCCGGCGAAGUUCUCGCUCCUCUUUGCCCAGUAAAAGGUCCUACAGUUCUGAAAGGUGCACAGGAGAUCUGUCCUCGCCUUCCGACCGUCAUUUUCCUCAUUAUAUGCCCUUCACGAGGGUGGUGGUUGCCAAAUUUCCGAUGGGCUGUGUUGCUGUGGCCGAUAUGCUGGCCCUGGGCAAACCGUUUGGAACCAUUGUGAAGCAUCUGAUAUUUCCUUUCAAGGGCUUCCUGGAGUUCAGCUCUCACGGAGAAGCAAAGAACAUGGUCAAUCACUACCAGACUAAACCCGCCUUCAUCAAGGGCCAGCGAAUCAGCCUCUGCUUAUCUCCAACUGUGGAGGUUAUUCAUCCACCUGAAGUUUACGAGCCCGGAGCAAAACGUCUGAAGCCGUCGUCUCAGUCGGUGGUCUGUUUCUCACGGUUGCCUUCAGGGAAGGAGACUGAAGACGAGGUUCUGGAGAUAGCCGGCAUGUUCGGGGGCGUGCGCCAGUCGAAGUUCACUGAAGACAAAGCUCUGAUUGAGAUGGUGGAUUGGCGGGAUGCAGAUAUCAUGGUGAAGUAUUACCACACCAACCCACUGAGGAUUCAAGACAAGAGCAUCAAAGUGUCCCUGUCCUCACUGUCCAGUUUACGUGACAGCAGUCCUGAACAUUCUUCGUCUAAAAAGUCCGAGUCCAGCAAGAGCCACAGCAGCAGCAGCAGCAGACAGAAAAACGAAUCCACCUCCUCCAAGAGCACCUCCCAGUCCAGCAGCAAGGACAAGGAGAAGAGCAAAAGCUCCAGCAAAGAGCCUUCCACCGCCGAGCCGAAGCAGGAGAAGGAGAAAGAGAAGGAGGGAGAGGAAGGAGAGCAAGACAAGGAAAAGGAGAAGGAAAAGAGAGAGGGAGAGGAGGUGGAGAAGACUGAGGAACAGGUGGAGAAUGAAGACAGCGCUCAGCUGAAGGACGAUCCGGGUCCGGUGGACGCAGAGGCUGCGGAGGGCGCUGACACGACGACGGAAGAGGUGGAGCAGAAGGAAGUCGGAGGAGAGGAGACGGACCCUAAAGAGGAGAAGCAGGGAGAGGAGGAGCGAGCGCCAGCUGAAAGAGAAGAGAGUAAAAGAGACAAAGGAUCCGAGGAGGAUACGGAGGAGCAGGAUGACCUGGAAGAUAUGGAUUUUCCAGAGAAUAUGGAUGACUUUGUCACCCUGGAUGAACUGGACAGCACAGCUGGAGGAGACUCGUUAGAAACAUCAGAGUCGCAGGACAGCAGGGUGGUUGUCGUGAGGCCGAUCAGGAAGGAGUUCAGAGAGGCCCGCAAGAAAGCAGUGCGAGAAGCCCUGUACAAGAUGGCCACUCAGUUUGGCAAAGUGGUCAACUUCGCCAUUUCCUACUACAGACAUGAGGCUCUGAUUGAACUGGAAACGGUGGAGAAAGCUCAAGAAAUGGUCAGUUUCUACAAGAACAGCAAGAAAUCCAAACUUGUCGGCCGGCCAGUUUCUGUGUCUAUAUGCCUGGCCUUCAACAGAAUCGAGGGUCCUAGUGGAAGAUCGUUGUUUAUCAGCAUGCUGCCCCCUUUCAAAUACUCGGACAUGUCCCUCCUCAGACUCGCUCAGCCUUUUGGAAAAAUCACAGCUUACUGCUCCAACAGGAUGUAUGGAACGUGUUAUAUCCAAAUGGAGACAAAGGAAGGUGCUGAGAAAAUGAUCCACAAAUAUUCACACCGACCUCUCAAAUUUUACGGCUCUGUGCUAAAGAUCACCAUGUGCAGGAAAGGAGAUUCUCUGAUACCGUGGACCCCUGCGGAUAAGUUUGAGCGGUGGUGCGAGACAAGAGGCAUAAAACCAGCCAGAGACGGAGAGGAGAGGAGAGAGAAUGGCCAGACGUCCAAAAGCAGCACAAGAGAGGACCGGCAAAGCCCGUUGUCGAGCUGUGAAGGUGUAGGCGGCGAUCCGGUGCGCGAGGGAGGAGACUCAGAGGAGGAGGAGAAAGCCCAGAGUCCGCUUGGUCCAUACCAACCCGAUAAUCCCGUGGGUGUUGACUACGUCGUCCCCAGGAGCGGUUUCUUCUGCAAACUGUGCAACAUAUUUUACACAGAUGAGAAACGGGCCAAAACGGACCACUGCAGCAGUCUGGAACACUACAACAUGCUGAAGAGAAAGCGUGGAGAGGUGGAAGAGGAGCAGACAGAUGGACAGACGGAUGAGCCAAUGAAUGAGUGAGAGACGACGGAUGAAUGGAUGGCUUUCAGUCAGGUGCCAAGAGGAAACAUUUCACUGCAGUCCCUGUUUUUUUUUUU